GAGUUGGCGAGGACCCUGCCAGCAGGUCUGGGGGCGGGCGGUGAGCCAGUUUCUCCAGCCGCGGUAGUUGGAGGGGCUGCUCGGCUUCCCGCAGUGCGCUUCAGCUUUCUGCCACCCUCUAGUUUCCAACAUGCCAGGUCCGGCCCCCAGCGGCACAAGUGUGGGCUCCUCAGGGCGCUCUCCCAGCAAAGCAGUGGCCGCCCGAGCGGCGGGAUCCACCGUCCGGCAGAGGAAAAAUGCCAGUUGUGGAACAAGGAGUGCAGGCCGCACGACCUCAGCGGGCACUGGGGGGAUGUGGCGAUUCUACACAGAAGAUUCACCUGGGCUCAAAGUUGGCCCUGUUCCAGUAUUGGUUAUGAGUCUUCUGUUCAUCGCUUCUGUAUUUAUGUUGCACAUUUGGGGCAAGUACACUCGUUCGUAGAUUCGGCUCCAUCCGUCUUUCAUCUGAAGAAGAAGGAAAAAAACCAACAUAUCUUGGACCAAAAGCAUAGUGAUUUUUUUUGUUCAUGAGAAAGAAAUUUUCUGUAAGCUUACUGUUUUACAGGGAACUUAAUAAGAAUUGAUUUUGAGGAAUCAAUUUUUUUUUUCCUUUGGCCAAUAAACUUUUUAAUUAUUUUAUACCAA